AUGAUACAAAAACAUUAUGAAGUCGUAGGUCAUCUAUUUGUAAAAACCCGUGCGUUUGAUAAAGUGAAGGAACUGUUGGACAAAAACGGGUAUGUCAUCAUCAAGGGGAACCCUGGAACUGGAAAAACCACAAUCGCCAAGAUGUUGAUGAAAGAAUUGAUGGAGGAUGGAAAAUCUCCACUUCAGCUUUACAGGUUGACAGAUUUGUACGGAAGCAUUUUACCAGGUGAUGGUAUAGUGGUAUUCAUUGACAAUUUAUUUGGAGAGAUAUCUUUGUCCAGCGAAACUGUUAAAGACUUUAAAGCAAUAGAAGAGACAAUUAAAGUGUUAAUUGAGAGUCAGAUAGAUAACUACUUCAAAACUCUAAUGAAAAAUCGAACUGUAAAAAUCGCUGUUUUAGUAUAUCUACUUCUGAGAGGAGGAAAAGUAGAAUUCAAAUUGAUUGAUAACCUUCAUCUUGAUUUAGAGAUGAAACGCGACUCUUUAGAAUUUGUUGUGGCAAAAUAUCCAUUCCUUGUACAUAUUAAAAACAACCAAGGCGCCAAUGCAUUACAAUCUGCAGCAAGUUCUGGAGAUAAAAAUGCAUUUAUUCAUCUGUUAAAGUAUGGUUGUGAUCCAUAUGAAAAAGAUCAAGACAAUGGACACACGGUUCUUACUUGUGCUUGUCAGGAUGGUAGGACAGACAUGGUCAAAUACCUUGUUGAUAAAUAUCCUGCAUUACUCAAGGAGCACACAGAUGUUCAUGGUAAAAGUCUUUUGUAUUGGGCAGCUUUCAGUGGAAAAAUAGAUAUGUUUGAAUACAUGCUUCAUCUCCUUCAGAAUGAAAAUAUACAUCUUUCAAGUGACAUAAAACAUAUGGUAUCUGCAAAAGAUAAUUCAGGUCAAUCUAUGUUGCAUGCUGCAUGUAGCAAUGGUCAUUUUGAUAUGUGUGAGUAUCUCUUGAAAAGAUACCCAGAAUUACUGAAUGUUACAGACAAUGACGGUGAAAAUGCUCUCCACUACACAGCUCGAGGAGGGAACGUAGAUCUUUUUAAGUUUCUAUCAAGUAAAGGAUUAAAUGUUAACUGUACAACAAAUACUGGGAAGACUGUGUUACACAUGAGUUGUGCUGGGGGUAGAGAGGAUAUGUGUAGGUAUCUUGUAAUUAGGUAUCCAUGUUUAAUAUCUGUCAUAGAUAAUGAUGGAUGGACAGUGUUACAUUCAGCUUGCCGUGGAGGUAGUGUACAAGUUGUGUAUUUUCUUAUAGAAAAGGGAAUAGACAUUAAUUCCUUGACAAAUGAUGAGGUCAAGGACAAGUCUAGUGAGACAGUGUUGCAUGACGCAGCCUGGGGAGGCAAUGUUCAAAUAGUAAAACUAUUGAUUGAGAAAAAGAUGGACAUCAAUACCUUACAGGGAGGUGGUGAAACAAUUUUACAUCAGUGCUCUCGUUCUUGUAAAUUAGAGGUGUGUGAGUAUUUGGUCAAUCAUUAUCCAGAUUUAUUGGAGAUAAGGGACAAUGACGGAUGGACAGUGUUACAUUCAGCUUGUAGAGGAGGAAGUGCUGAAAUUGUUUCUCUUCUGAUAGAAAAAGGGAUGGAUUUCAAUGCUUUGUCAAAUGGUGGUAAAACUAUCUUGCAUAUAGCUUGUCUCAAUGGAAAGAUUGAAGUUUGUGAGUACUUAGUUAAUGAUUAUCCCCAUCUAUUAGAGGUCAAGGACAAAUCUAUUAACACAGUAUUGCAUGACGCAGCCUGGGAAGGCAAUGCUCAAAUAGUAAAGCUAUUGAUUGAGAAAAAGAUGGACAUUUAUUCUGUACAGGGAUAUGGUGAAACAAUCUUACAUCAAUGUUGUUGCUCGGGUAAAAUGGAGAUGUGUGAAUAUUUGGUCAAACCUUUUUCAGAUUUAUUGGAAAUAAGGGACAAUGACGGAAAUACAGUGUUACAUUCAGCUUGCAGUGGGGGAAGUUUAGAAAUAGUUUCUUUUCUUAUAGAAAAUGGAAUGGACAUAGAUACCUUGUCAAAUGAUGGUGAAAGUAUCCUGCAGAUAGCCUGUCUUAAUGGCAAGGUUGAAGUUUGUGAGUACUUAAUUGAGAAUUACCCACAUCUAUUGGACGUCAGGGACAAAUCUAGUAACACAGUGUUGCAUGACGCAGCUUGGGGAGUCAAUCAUUUUCCAGAGUUAUUGGAGAUAAAGGACAAAAACGGAUUGACAGUAUUACAUUCAGCUUGUAGAGGAGGAAGUGUUGAAAUUGUCUCUUUUCUUAUAGAAAAAGGGAUGGAUUUCAAUGCCUUGCAAAAUGAUGGUAAAACUAUUUUGCAUAUAGCUUGUCUCAUUGGGGAGUUUGAAGUUUGUGAGUACUUAGUAGAGAAUUAUCCCCAUCUAUUAGAUGUCAAGGACAUAUCUAUUAACUCAGUGUUGCAUGAUGCAUCCUGGGGAGGCAAUGUUCAAAUAGUAAAACUGUUGAUUGAGAAAAAAUUAGACAUCAAUUCCCUACAGGAAGAUGGUGAAACAAUUUUACAUCAGUGCUGUCGUUCUGGUAAAAUGGAAAUGUGUGAGUAUUUAGUCAAACAUUUUUCAGAUUUAUUGGAGAUAAAGGACACUAAGGGGUGCACAGUGUUACAUUCAGCUUGCAGGGGAGGAAGUGUUGAAAUUGUUUCUUUUCUUUUAGAGAAAGGGAUGGAUUUCAAUGCCUUGUCAAAUGAUGGUAAAACUAUCUUGCAUAUAGCUUGUCUCAAUGGGAAGUUUGAUAUUUGUGAGUACUUAGUUGAGAAUUAUCCUCAUCUAUUAGACGUCAAGGACAAAUCUAGUAACACAGUGUUGCAUGAUGCAGCCUGGGAAGGAAAUGUUGAACAAGUAAAACUAUUGAUUGAGAAAAAAAUGAACAUCUUUUCCCGACAGGAAGAUGGUGAAACAAUUUUACAUCAAUGUUGUCGCUCUGGUAAAAUGGAGAUGUGUGAGUAUCUGGUCAAUCAUUUCUCAGAGUUAAUGGAGAUAAGGGACAAUAAUGGAUGGACAGUGUUACAUUCAGCUUGCAGUGGCGGGAGUGUAGACAUAGUUUCUUUUCUUUUAAACAAAGGAUUAGACAUCAAUGUGUUGUCAAAUGUUGGUGAAAGUAUAUUGCAUAUUGCUUGUCUUAAUAGUAAUCAUGAUGUUUGUAGAUAUUUAUCAACAAAUCAUCAAGACUUGUUAGCAGUUACAGAUAAUAAAGGUAAAUCAGUGAUAGAUAUUGCCGCUGAGCAAGGUGACAUUGACAUGAUUCAUAUUCUGAGAGAACGCCGCUAUUAG